AUGCGUCCAAGUCAACCCACCGCAAUCAGGAUAGGGUACAACAGAGUGCUCCAUGUCCAUGCAACAGACAACGGUGCGUACAUUGCUGGCUCUCUGCAGCUGGCCUUUGAGAGCUAUGACAGUAGACGCGGAAGUCUACAUGAAUUCCGCCUCGGAAACGCUCUCCGACGGGCUACAGACAACCAUCUGCGAGCUCCUUGGUCUGAGCCUGGCGCCAACAUAUCCGCCCUCGGCCGCCACAUGCGAUCCACCGUCGUGCAACGGACAAUUCGCUCUGGAAUCAACGAUGGAAAUGCAGCAAUUCACUCAUCGGUGGCACUUAUCACGACUAAUUCGCCAUUUGCUACCUAUCCUCCAUCAUCCUCUCCUGGGGUGUAUUUUAGCAGCCCCCAAUUCCCCCAGAACUUGUCAUCCCACCCCGAUCGCCGACUGUCACGCUCCACGGCCAACUGCCGGAUUAGGAAGGCGAGAUAUCUCACCUGGGGUAACAUCGCCUUGACGCACGAGGAUCAACCCUCCUCCGACGAACCAGAGCUUCGCUAUGGCCUGCGAUAUCGUCUGCCACCCCGGACCCCCGAUGCAUCCAUUUGA